ACACCUUUGUUAUAAAAAAAAAGAAGCAAAAGUACAAAAGCAUAUUAAAAAGAAAAUGUCGAAUAUGAUCGUCAAGAAUCAACUAAGAUCUAUAAGCUUACCUUCAAGAUCGCAUCCAAGCACGACUGGGAUCGAGGAAGCUCUUCACAAGGUUAAAAAGAUUAACACCACGACCGAUUCGUCGGAAUCAAUCUUGAUGAGCUUGGCGGGUUUGGAGGAGCUCUACAAUUGUACGGAUGAGUUUCUGAAAAUGGGCUUAACGCAAAGGGUUAUGUCGUCGUCUGAUGGAUCCGAGUUUAUGGAGGAGAUGCUUGAUGGUUCGUUGAGGCUAAUGGAUAUAUGCAGCGUCUCGAGGGAUCUCAUGGUGGAGACUCACGAGCAUGUUCGUGAUGUUCAAUCAUGUGUAAGGAGAAAGAAAGUAGCCGGAGGAGGAGACCAACUCGAUGUCUCCGUCUCGGGAUAUGUUGUAUUUAGAAAAAACAUGAGGAAGCUUCUUGGAUCCUUGAAGAACAUUGAUGGAAGAUUAAGUUUAUCGUCAUCACUAAAUAACGGUGAGCAAGAUGAACAUCUUGUCGCGGUUAUGGAUGCGAUGAGAGGAGUAGUUUCCGUUAGCGUCUCGGUGUUGAGGUCGUUCUUGGAGUUCUUGUCGGGACGACAAAGUAACAUCAAGAGCAAGUUGGCUUCGGUACUGAAGAAAAAGAAGGUUCAUCACGAUGAGGGGACCAAGAACGAGUUGGAGAGUUUGGAUUCCGCAAUAUGCUGCUCUCGUGAUGAUCUUCAAAAGAAGCUUGAGGAUGUUGAUAUGAGCAUUGAUAAGUUCGAGAAGAAUCUAGAAGGGUUAUUUCGAAGGUUGAUAAGAACAAGAGCCUAGUCGCUUCUCAACAUAAUCUCUCAUUAGAUGUUAAAUUACGCAUGUAAUGUAACCUUAGGCAGUCGACUUUAAAGAAUUUGCCGGAGGGAUACAUUAUUCACACGCACAUAGGAUUUUGUACACUAGACUAAUUGAUACAUGUAAAGAUAAAUAUAUAGAACAAAAUACAAUAUUGCAUUGAUAAA